UCCCCCCAUGCGGCCAUGCCCCCUUACUGAGGUCUAUAAAUACAUGCAUGCAUGCCUAUAGAAGUACCCCUACACUACUCUCAAUUCACCUCCGACCUCCCCAAUUCUUUCUCUGCUAACACUUAAAUUCUCCUCAAAUUCCAACUAGAUUAGCUACUCUCCCCCAAAACAUUCCAUUUCAUCCACACUCUUAAUUUCCUUCCCAAAACUUCCAUGGAACACCAAUUUAAACACCACUAUUUUACCACAACUUUCCCCCACUCAUUUGACCAUGAUCAUGCUACUACUCCUGAAAAACCCCCUAACACCAACAAAAACAGUACCAAGGCACCCAAGUCCGCAACCGCAACCGCUUCCGCAACCACGACAACCCGAUACCGAGGCGUUCGGCGUAGGCCAUGGGGCCGUUACGCUGCCGAAAUACGUGACCCACAGUCCAAGGAACGCCGUUGGCUUGGCACGUACGACACAGCCGAGGAAGCCGCAUGUGCGUACGACUAUGCCGCACGUGCCAUGCGUGGGAAUAAGGCACGUACAAAUUUCACUUACACAACUUCACAUUCACAUCUUCCUUCUCAUGAUGAUCAAUAUGAUCAUGAGGUUAUCAUGUACCCACCUCCUUUACCUCCCUUUUUUAGUAACUCUUCUUCCAAGAAGAAAUCACAACCGUCUAUUAAGACUAAAACUACAACAACUUCCCCAAACUCAAAUCACAGCCAUCCAUAUCCUACCUUUGUAGAGUGGCUAAACUCAGACCAAAACUCUCAUAAUAAUAAUCAUCAUCAUGCUAUGAUCAACUGUUGUGGUGAAGGAAACCUUGUAGGGUUCACUGAAACCCCUGCUCCUGCAUCACAGAGGAACACUACUAUUCCUCUCUCUUCUUCUAUGCCUCAUCAUCAUUAUGACCAUCAUGAUGAUGAUGAUAAAAACAAUAAUGAUGGUAUGAUGAUGGAGUUCUUUCCAUCUCAACCAUCAGAAACAUCUGGACUCCUAGAGGAGAUCAUAGAAAAAUACUUCCCUAAGCGCAAGUCCACCAACAACCUCAACCAUUCUGAACAGUCAUCAGUUGUUUCCGAUCAUCAUCAACAUCAUCAACAUGAUGAUGGGCUCUACUGUGAUGGUAAUAACUCUCAUUAUCAUCACUUUAGCGGUUAUGGUGGUGAAUACAAUACGAUGCCGUUUCAUGGAGAUAUGCUGCCAGCUGGCGGUACAAAUUAUCAGGUUGUUGAGCUCCCACAAUAUCAGUACAAUCAUGAGCCUAUGAUACUGGAUGAUGAUGAUGAUCAUCAUCAUCUUGAUGGUGUUUUCCAGUACAAUGAGCUCUACAGUAUGUUUGCUGCUCCUAGAGGAGCAAAAUGUCUUGGCCACUAACUAGAUUAUAUAUUUUUUUUUGCUGAUUUAGUACGAGUAAUUAGCUAGCUAGGCCUUGGUAAACCAAAAAAAUUUUGGACCCUUGAAUUUCUAAGUUUUGGUUUAUUGUAUGUAGAAUAUUAAUAUAUAUAUCGAGUAAUUACAAAUCUUCAUGUAAUUGACGGUUAGGCCUAAUUUGAUAUCUAUAUAAUAGUACUAUUUUUAGCCAUUAAAAUGGGCUGAUGAUGAUUGUAGCCUUGCAGGGUUGUUGGUUAUAUUAUUUUUACGUACUUAAGUUUUUUUUUUAAUUUUUUCUAAUUUUAAUAUUUUAUUGUUCUAUAAUAAUGUGGCUUAUUGCAACAAAAAGAAAGGGACGAGAAUUUGCUCGACAAUUAAUUGCUGCUACUACAUUUGCUAGUCUGCAAAUUGAAAGCUGGAGUGGAGAACUUUUGUAAUAUGGUUCUCAAAGUCAAACGUUUUCUUUUGUGUAUUUUAUUUCCAACAAAAAAAGAAAAACU